UCGGAACUCACACUUGCUAUCUUACCCUGCACCACGCCAUAUCUUUUCGUCACAACUGCCAUGAAAUUGACUGAUCUGCUGUAAUAUAAUCCAUACUUGCCAUGGCUACCCAACGAAAGCCGACCACAGCAAACACGACCGCGCCCAAGCCCUCCAUCGACGGCGGAGGGGCCGCAGAUGACAUUAAGGCGAUUAGACAACCCUCGCAAAGCUCACCUUUCUUCCCGACCAAGCUUGAGACGGCUCUCCUCUUGAUAUACCCAGUCACACUCGUUCUCGGCUCUAUAUUCAGCGUCGUUGCCCCGCAUAUAACCCGGCAGAGCGCAUCCUACAACUCCGUCCACCAAUCGUACUACCCGCCAUCCGCAGCACCGUCCUAUUUUGCGCAGAAGCGCAACAUAUUCAAUGUAUACUUUGUAAAAAAAGGGUGGUUCUGGACCACGGUAGCGUUUUUUCUUUUCGUUUUUACGCAUCCGAGCUUGGGGGCGCCUCUACGGCCAAGUAUAUCACGGAGGAGACUGCAGGCCAUUCUACGAUGGGUGGUGGCAACGACCAUUUGGAUAUUCGUCACGCAGUGGUUUUUCGGUCCUGCAAUCAUCGAUCGCGGCUUCCGCUGGACUGGGGGCGUGUGCGAAGUUCUCGCAGACUCGGGAACUCGCGCCGAAAUGAGCAAGACAACGGAGUACUUCACCGCAAAGGCAUGUAAAGUGGCUGGCGGGAAGUGGACAGGUGGUCAUGACAUCAGCGGUCACGUUUUCUUGCUCAUACUUGGCAGUGCGCUGCUCUGGAUGGAGGUUUUGCCAACCAUCCUGAAAGCUCAAGGUUUGCAUGAGGAACGGAGGGUGAAGGUGAGAAAUGGCAGAGUUGUGAAGACGAGAUCAAUUGUGGAUGGCACUGUCGGAGACGAGGGAUAUGUUCCAAGCAACCAGACGGAGGAGCAGUACACAAAAUUAGGUGUGAAGGUCAUCGUUGGGAUAGUUGCCCUCAUGUGGUGGAUGUUACUUAUGACUGCGGCGUUUUUCCACACUUGGUUCGAAAAGUUCACGGGCUUCGUGGUAGCGUUCUUAGGCAUUGGUCUGAUAUACUUUCUGCCAAGAGGUGUUCCUGCAUUACGAGCCAUUUUAGGCAUGCCUGGGCUGUAGAAGGCAUUCCUUUUGGACAUUAAAAUGCAGCGUUCUCAAAGAUGGUCUUUCUAGACAACGAAGACACGUCCUACGACGGCAAUUUCCAGCUCCGUAGAUCUUCCCUAAUCUCGAGCUCAUCAAACUCGUUCUUGUCUCUGGUGGAACCCUUUUCGGCU